GUAACAGACGGACAGACAGGAAAUUCCUCAUGUUUUCUGACUUCCUGGAGUACCAUAUCAGCCACAGUCGAGCCACCAAACCUAGACCCCCACUAUUCACUGGGGUGUCAGAAGGUGCUGCAGAACCGGAUACACAAAAUGAUUCAUGGAUUUACCGUGUACUGACUGCAUCCCCUUCCUAGAAUGUUUCUCUUGAUGCUUUUUUUCCUCUUUUUGUUCUGUGGCAUUGCUUUCCUGCCUUGAACCACAGCUGCUAUGGCUCGCGCAGAGAAAACUCAGCUGAAAACAUGUCUGAAAAACCGCCGCUCUACUGUCAGCUCUCUCUCAACGGGUGUGAAGGACAACAAAACAUUCCCAUUUUCUCAGGAGAAAACAAUAAAAGCAUGGAGCUCACUGGAAAAUCUGGACAAUUCUGGGAUUAAAGAUGAUUACUCUAAAUGUGAGAAGACACCCAAACUUCAGCAGAACAUGAACUUAAAUGUAGGAGGGAAACUGUUUUACAUUCCAAAAAUGUGUGCUGUUAGAUAUCCUAACACACGAAUAGGCUCCUUAGCUCUCUGCAGGGACCAGGAAAAACUCCUCACGCUCUGCGAUGACUACUCUGUGUUCAAGAAUGAGUUCUUCUUUGACCGUGAUCCUGCCUUCUUUCACCACAUCUGUCAUUUCUACACCAGUGGAGUGCUGUGGAUCAUAGUGGAAAUGUGCCCCAUCAACUUUGAGGAAGAAAUUGCAUACUGGGGCCUGAGCCUGAAGGACACCCAGUUCUGCUGUUGGAUGAUGUUUCAGGAGAAGAUAGAUGAGGUGAAGGAGACCCUCAAGGUGGACAGGGAGCUCAUGGCUGAGACUGAGGUGAAGUACAAUGAUGAAUAUUUCAAGGACAUGAUGUUUGGGGAUAUGCGGAUGACUCUGUGGAACAUUGCGGAGAAUCCAUACUCAUCAACUCUUGCGAAGAUGUUCACUCUGGUCUCUAACUUGUUUGUGCUCUUGUCCAUCGCUGCGAUGUGUCUCAACACUGUGGACGAACUACAAAUAUACAGAGUCAGUGACAAAACUUGUAUGGAAUGGGUGGAGAUCUUCACCAUUUUGUUCUUCACCUUUGAGUAUUUGAUUCGUCUUAUCACCACUCCUAACAUUGCAGUGUUUCUGAAGAGUGGACUCAACUUUGUGGACUUAAUAUCGGUCAUGCCUUAUUUUGUCCAGAUCGUCUUUGAAGCUUUUAGUGACUCAGAGGAUGUAAAUGCACAGGAAGACCUCAGGGCCAUAGCUCGGGUUAGCAAGCUCAGCCACGUCCUCAAAAUUGUCAAGUUGCUGCGGAUCUUUCGGAUUUUGAAGCUAGCCCGCCACUCAACUGGCAUGCGGGCCUUUGCCUUUACACUGCGGCGGUGCUACCAGGAGGCCUCUUGCAUUUUCCUCUUUAUUACCUUGGGAAUCUUUACAUUCUCUGCUCUCCUGCAUUCAGCAGAAAGGGAAACCGAGGGAUCUCCCAUCAGCAGUAUCCCAUAUGCGUGGUGGUGGGCAGCAGUCAGCAUUUCGACUGUGGGCUACGGGGAUGUGGUUCCUGUGACUAUUCUAGGCCGCAUUGUGGCUUUUGGCUGCAUUACAUUUGGGAUAAUCCUCAACGGCAUGCCGAUUUCCUUCCUGUUCAACAAGUUCUCUGAUUACUACAGCAAAUUAAAGACCCAAGCUUACAAUUCUACCUCAGUCCAGCGCCGCUUUCAGCUUAAGAAGAGACUCAAGCGUAAAAUGGAUGCAUGUUUCCAUCCCUUUGAAGAAGACAGCAGUACAGAUCAUUCCCCACACUAAGUGCAUCUCAUACAUGACAUUUCUGUAAUGUUAAAAUGCUACAGGAUGAACCUCAAACUCUUUAUACAUGUAUAUCACAGAGUGGUGCAGAGAAAAUAAACCUAGAAUGUAAAUGAGGGCAGGAAGAGGAAGUGGAAAGUUGCUUUGUAAUGAUGCGGUAUCUUGUCUGCUUUAACCAUCAAGCACAUAUUUCACUGUUCUGUUCAUCUUUUUAUAUGCAUCUUGUAUAUAAGUAAUUUAUACUAUAAAGGAGAAUGUUAAAAAUAGGGGACCUAGUUUUUAAUUUCAGUCACAUCCAUCCUGAUGCUUAUCUACCUAAAACCUGUGAAUGCUAGAUGACUGAGUGCCUGUAAAUGACUCACAUGUGGCUGUGACAUAUCAAAGUAUCUGCCUGAAGUAGUUCAGAUAAACACAGGAGUGCACUUUUUGUUUCCAUCCACAGUUUCAACAUACAGAACUUUUUUCUGCUAGUACUGCCAUGCACACAUCCUCACAUGACCACUUGUUCUUAUAGGCAAUUAAACAGACUGAGGACUUGAAUUAA